GUGGUGCGAUAUUUCUUUGUUAAUUAAUGAACAGUCAUAUAUUGACUGAACAGUGUGUGCUAUAAUUUAACAUUUUGAGAAGAUAACUAUGUAGUCAUUGGUAGAAAAGUUGUUUAGGAGUAACUGUAAAAAUAAAAUCUUGGGAAAAUAGAUUAACAAUAAAUUAAAAAGAGAAAAGAAAUUGGGACAAUUUUAUAUGCUGUUAUUUUUGUGUUGUAUCGAUCAAUAAGAAGAAUAGGUUUGAACACGUAAAUAUACAAGAUGGCUACAGGUGGACUAUUAGAUACGAAUACUCUUUCUGAUGAGAUAUUUGAUGUAUCUCAAUUCAAAUCAGGAACCAGCAAAAGUCUGCCAAAGGCACCAGCAAGGAGAUGUGACAGACACAGUCAUGAGCCUAUUGAUAUGUACUGUCAAAAGCAUGAUAAAGUUGGCUGUUCUACAUGUAUGGCAGUUGAUCACAGAUCAUGCCAAAAUAAAUUCUUUAUACUAGAAUUUAUCAGAGACAAUAAUUACCAAAGUGUUUCAAAAACAGUUCAAACAAAUCUUAACAAAAUAGCCAUGACCCUUGCAGAACAAGCUAGGAAAUUAAAACAGCAUAAACAAAGGCUGCCAAAAAAGAAAGAAAGAGUUAUUGCUGAUAUCAGAAAGUUGUGACCAUCUUGACAAGCUGGAGAAAAAUUCUGUAGAUAAGAUAGAAGAUAAUUUCAACUGUCUUGAGAGCAAGAUCGACGAUGGUCUUAAACAGAUAGAAGCACUUAAAGCCACGGUAACGACAGCAAGAAAUAAGUUAGCCUUUCCACACCCAAAUCAAGCUGACGUGUUUGUUAAUGUGAAGAUGGCAGAGGAUGUUGCAAAUGUAGCCAACAAAUAUAUGGAAGAUACAAAUAUGAAGUGUACAGUUGACGAAUUAGAUUUCAUACCUGAUAAAACAAUUCUUUCACAGGUUAAACAAAAUAUUGCUCUUGGGCCACGAACAAAGACUUCUACAAAAUAUGCAAGCAGUUUAUUUCAGAUAAGACGAGACAAAUCAUAUUGUGUAAAAGUUAAGUCUGAUACAGAAGACUGUUAUAUCUCCAGUGCCUGCUGUCUUAAAAAUGGUUCAAUACUUUUAGCAGAUCACAACAACAAAAAGCUCAAACAGAUACGUGGCUACAACUACACUGUAACAGAUUACUAUGACCUACCAGAACAACCAUGGCAAGUGUGCUCAAUCAGUAAAACAGAUGUAGCAUUAACUUUGCCAUUACAACAUGAGGUUCAUUUUAUUUCUGGGGAAGAGAAAAUGAAAAGAACAAACAAGAUUAAGACUGAUUUUGAAUGUUAUGGUCUUGCAUACACAAACAAUAAUUUAUAUAUUUCGGAUGCAAGCACAUCAGUAUAUGUGUAUACAUUGUCUGGUACGAAACUACAGCAUUUCAGUGAGACCCAAUCAGGACAAAAGCUGUUCUCUAACAUACACAGUAUAGCUGUCAGUACGGAUGGUGCAAGGAUUUAUGUUGCUGACUUUUAUAAUGGACUGAUAGUACUUGACAACAAUGGUCAAGUUAUUACAACAUCUAACGGUGAACAAUUUUGUGGGGCUAAUUGCUGUUAUAUCACUAAAGCAGGAAGUAUGCUGGUAUCUACAUAUGGCUCCAGUGUUUUACAGUUUACACCUGAUGGUGAGCUGAUAGGAGAGGUUAUAAAAGCUGACAGUGAAGGAAGAAGUGAAAUUUUGUCAGUUUGCUGUAAUCAACAAAUGUCUAGGAUGUUUGUUUGCAGCAUUGAUGAUAACAUUGGAGUAUAUGGUAUUUAAUUUCUUCAUUGAAUGAAGUGAAAACCAUAUUCUGUUGAAGUGUAAUUGUAAAACUACUCUGUUUAAAAAUGUACAACAGAUUAUUUAAACAUCAAAUAUGAAGAGAAAGGAAAAGAAAUUCUAAAAAAGUGACUAUGACCAUAUCUAUAGAUGUGGUGAUGCUAUUUUAAUUCAAUGUGAAGAAGCAAGAGUGAUGUUGUAAAUAUAUUUCAUUUAUCAUGUACAUAACUGUAUUUCAUAAAAAGUAAUACAAUAAUAAAAUAAUAAUAAGAUUGACUGUAAUUUCACACUAACUAGUGUUAACAAGUGAAAUAACAAUGAAUUAUCUGUGAAACAAACAAAACAAGU